UGCCUGAAAGCCUAAACUCAGGGUACCUGUCCUCCCCGUACCCGGCAACCAUGGCGUUCUUAGCUGGAGCUGUCGUUAGUGUUCUACUAAUAUGUUUGUUAUUUAUUAUACGGCUAUUUGUUGUUGUCAAGACGGGACCAAAGUAUAAACCUGGAACCAAAGAUCCUAUCACCGUUCUCGUUGUUGCAGGAUCAGGCGGUCACACGACAGAGAUCCUGCGGCUGAUGGAGUGCUUGUCUUCAGCCUACACACCUCGACACUAUGUGAUUGCUGACUCAGACAAGAUGAGUGAGGAGAAAAUCUGUACCUUUGAAAGCUCCAGGAAUCAGCUUGACUCAAAAACACAGUUCACCAUCUGCCGGAUCCCACGGAGCAGAGAGGUGCAUCAGUCUUGGAGUUCCACUGUUGUCAGCACCCUGAAUGCUCUGCAUUACUCUCUCCCCUUGGUGUUCAGACUAAAACCUGACCUGGUGCUGUGUAAUGGCCCAGGGACCUGCGUUCCCCUGUGUGUGGCAGGACUCCUGCUUGGAGUUCUGGGAAUAAAGAAAGUCCUAAUAGUUUAUGUUGAAAGUAUUUGUAGGGUGCAGACACUGUCACUGACGGGGAGGAUCCUUUACCCAUUAUCAGAUUACUUCUUCGUGCAGUGGCCCUCACUGAGGGACAAGUAUCCUAAAUCUAUUUAUCUUGGGAGAAUAGUGUGAAAUGUUUGUUACAGGUUGUCUCCAACAUGUAAAUGGAGUCAGAAAACACUUUAAUGUUACAAUGUCAAUUAGUAGCUAUGUGUUUUUCAGUGGUUCAGUAAAGAGCUCUUUGUACUGGACUAUAUUAAGAAUGCAUCCAUACAUGUUGAUCAAAAAUCAAGCUUUAUUAAUAUAUUUUUCUAAAAUUGUCAAGUUAAUAAAAACCAUGAUAUAGUUGAA